AUGCAGGCAGUGCUCACUCACAUUCACAAGGCCAAUGUGAAGGCGCUGGUGCUGAGCCGCAUGAACAUUACCAUGGUCGUUCUGGACGCGAUCGCGAUGCUGAUGCUGAUCGUCACGUGGGCUAUCUCUGUGAAGAGGGAGCAGGGGGGCGUUCUGGCGCGCUACGCGGCCGGCAUCAUUGGCUUCCUUCUGCUGGCCAUCACCAUGAUGCUCUCUAUCCUUGUGCAGCGCCUGCAGCCGCGCCUCUCCAUUCUGUACGCCCACCAGGUGAUGGCGGUCCUGACGCUUAUCCUCAGCUCCCUCAGCAUGGGUAUGAACGACGUGGUUGUGGACCUCUGCAACCGCGGCAAGCAGGUGGAAAAGACGCAGUGCGGCUCCCACAUUGCAGAGACGAUCGCGGAGGUGGUCAUUGUUCUUACCAUGGUCUUCGGCUUCGGAUCCUCACAGCAGCGCAUCGUCACUUUCAUUGACAAGGGCAUCCUGGAUGGCAUCAAAGGCCGCUCCAACGCCGGCGGCUUGACGCAGCUGCCAUAG